AUGAUUUCAGUAUUGGACUGCGUAGUCUCAAGCUGGGGUGACUGGUCGGAAUGUGACACAGCCUGCGGCUCUGGAAGUAUGGUGAGGAGUAGAACAGUCUUACAAGCGGCUGCGCACGGUGGUCGACACUGUCCAUCGCUGGUCCAACGGAGAGCUUGCCAGGCCCAUCAUGGAUGUACUGAGGAUAGCGAUGUACCUUUGAGAGAGGAAACGGCCAUGAUUCUACCGGGCGUGCUGUCUAUGAGUCGUCACUCCAAUGACACGGUGGACAUCAGAAAGAACCUUCGAUUAAGAAACCCUGAUGAUCCUGAAUCCAAUUCCCAUAGAGAGUACUGCGUUCAGUUCGAAGUGUUGAAAGUUUCAAAAGCGUGUCACACCGACUCCGACUACAAAGCUUUACGAGAAGGUAACACUAUAUGUGUGAUGUGUGAAGCCGCAGCCCUCAAACGGGAUCUUAAAUGGCGCUGCAGUGGUCAUGGUGUGUCCGGCCACUCUACCAGAUUUUAUGCAUUAGUUGCCCCACAUUGUCAUGGCAAGUGGAUCCGUGGAAAGGACAAUCUUGACAAACGUAGCGACUGUUGUACAAAACCUGACUUUAUUUUUGUAUAA